GCUGGGGGCGGCGGCGCUGGCCCUCGGGGGCGGCCUGGGGCUGUACCACACGGUGCGCUGGCGGCUGCGCCGGGCGGACGUGCUCGCCGAGCGCUCGGCCGUGCAGGUGGUGGAGGUGAACCCCGUGCGCCGCGCCGAGAUCAAGUUCUCCGCUUACAGGAAGGUGCCCAUACUGGUGGCGCAGGAAGGGGAUAGCUUGCAACAACUGAACGACUCCUCCGUCAUCAUCAGCGCCCUCAAGACCUACCUGGUGUCGGGGCAGCCGCUGGAAGAGGUGGUCACCUACUACCCGCCCAUGAAGGCCGUCAACGAGCAGGGCCGCGAGGUGACCGAGUUCUGUAACAAGUACUGGCUCAUGCUGGAGGAGGAGGAGGCGCGGAGGCUGUACGGAGGGAAGGAGGCCCGCACAGAGGAGAUGAAGUGGCGGCAAUGGGCUGACGACUGGCUGGUGCACCUCAUCUCCCCCAACGUGUACCGCACGCCCUCCGAGGCCCUGGCCUCCUUCGACUACAUUGUCCGGGAGGGCAAGUUUGGGGCCGUGGAGGGCGCCAUGGCCAAGUACGUGGGGGCAGCCGCCAUGUACCUCAUCAGCAAACGCCUCAAGAGCAGGCACCACCUCCAGGAUGACGUGCGAGAGGACCUCUAUGCUGCCGCCAACAAGUGGGUGGCCGCUGUGGGCGGGGAGCGGCCCUUCAUGGGGGGCCAGAGGCCGAACCUCGCGGACCUGGCAGUGUAUGGCGUGCUGCGGGUCAUGGAAGGGCUGGAGGCCUUUGAGGACCUGAUGCGACACACUCACAUCGGGCCCUGGUACCUGCGGGUGGAAAAGGCCAUUGCCGAAGCGCCCCACGUGCACUGAUGGCUUCCCGCGGGGCUGUGCUGGAGUAGGGGUGGGGUCCUCCCGCCCACCCCAGUUCUGGGGCCCUGGACUGUGGGAGAAAGCCCAGCCCAGCCUCCGUUUGCGUUCGCCACCCGCUGUGUGGUGGAAG